GUUCGUUGCAGGUAUCAACCGACGUUAACUAGCAAACUGUGAAAGCCGCCAAAAAUCAAUAUGGAUGCAGAUGUGUCAAGGUAUUUCUUUGGUGUAAAAGAGGACGUCAGCUCAGACUGGAAGGAUUUGGCGUUCCAUCUUGAUAUCGGAGAUACCAGAAACAUCGCCAGUAGAAACCGCGAUGACAAGUCGUGCUGUAUGGACAUGUUACAGACCUGGAAGAGAUUGAAUGGAGACCAGGCGACUGCGGAGGGUUUGGUACAGGCCCUUAUCGCGGCAAACCUGCAGUCUGCAGCAAACAAUCUGAGGAGAAAACUGGGUGAAGAUCCAACACCGAUUAGCGUGCACAGUCAACAUCACGUGGAGGUACCGCAAGUCCGCAAAAACGCCGCGAGAUCUGAAAACGGCAGUUUUUCUUGUAAAAUCUUGAAGUGUUUAGAUAUAUCUUGCGUAUUCUGUAACAACACGGUUUGGUUUGGUUUUCUUUACACCAUUUGUUUCCUUGUCAAACCAGAGGUAGUGAUGAUCAUCACUAUUGCAUCCCUGGCAAUAUAUGUCAUUCAAUUGAUUCUGAAAUCGAUUGUGAAAGUACGCAGAGAAAAACCUCAAGCAAACAAUGCCGAAAUACGUCCAAGAGCAGGAAGACAGGACCAGGCUGGGCAAGGCGACGAGGAACAUGGCCAGGUGCACACGAUUGAAGGCAGGGUAUCACUGGAACCAUCCGAAGUGCUGGUAAUGACUGGAAACAGUCCUCGCCAACGCAAUGGACAGGCAACUAUGAGACACAGAAAUGAUGAUCGUAGAAAGUCAGGUAACACGUGGGCAACACCUUGCAAAGAGCUUGUGCCACUAGACGGAAUAGCGCUCAAGGAAAGAAUCAUGGACUGCACAGGAUACCGCCAUUGUGUGAUCCUACGAGAAAGGCAGGGUGUGGUUUGGCAAGAUCUUUGGGGAAGAGUUCGCCACGGGCAGUGGUAUGCUGCAGGUCGCUUCAGGUCAGUGCUACAGAGCACCGUGUUUUAUGGCACCUGUAGCGGCAGCGACGGAGGACCUACCUUGCAAGGGCUAGAAGGGGAAGAACCCGAAUUCGCUAUCCAGAAGUCACUAUCAGGUGUUUGGGCAGGAAAACUGUUCAAGAAACUGAACCAAAUGACUAAAACUGACACCACUAAAGGCCAUGCAAGACCAGCCGUUGAAUGUGUUGCGACAAACCCGAGCCAAGACAUGGAGGGGCUGGUGUCGCUGCGCCAACGACCGUCGCAUGGCAUUCCAGCAAAUAAACCACCAACAGUACUGAUAGCACAUCUUCAAGAAGAGAACACAGCAUUGAAGAACCAAAUCAGAAACCUUUGCCGACUUGGAGUUUGCUCAGCCACGGACCUAGAAAUAGACAAAGCAGGUACAUCACCAAGGCCGAGAAUGUCCAAGGAGAACCGCGACAGUCUCGUGGAAUGCUGUCCAACGCUCCUACAGGACAUCUACCCAACAUUCCUCUUCCCGCAGCUUGUCCAAGAUGGUGUUCUGGACUGGGACGAGGUAGAGAGCAUAGAAAGGGCAGGGAGAGGAACAAGGCUGGACCGGGCGAAAGACCUGAUUAGAGUUCUGCACACCAAGGAUGACAAAGCCUUCUUUAGUUUGUGUAAAUCUCUGAGAUCUAGAGAAAAUGAGCAGGACUUCUUGGCAGACAUGUUGGAAGGCCUACCAUCUGAGGGAACUAUGACAAAGGAGCAUCGCGAACAACUGACAUCGCGUUGUUGUGUGCUCAUCAACGAACUGAGCGAAGGUGAAAGUUAUAGCAUUAUUAAUUACCUUAUCGAACGCGGGGUUUUCAACGAUGCAAUAGUUGACGAGAUCAACACAGCUAGGACAACACGUGACAAAAUCAGGAAAUUACUAACAAUUCUACAGUCAAGAGGAGACCGCGCCUUUGGGGCUUUUCGUUUGGCAUUACAAGAAUCAGGUAAAGACUUCCUGGUAGACAGGUUGUUUAAUUAACGCGCAGGUACGACGUAUAUGCUUUACAAGAACAUACGACGUUGUUGACUUGAGAUGGAUAUCGUCUACAAGUAGUGCUAAAACAUUGUUAUGUUGCUUUGUAACUGUUUAGCUGUUUGCUUACCAGCGGGGCAAUGUUGUACCGCCAGGUCAACGAUCUAACAUGUUGAGGAAACUACAGCUUCAAUUCAAAUUAUUAUUUCUCAGAUUAUGUCCCAAAUGCACUUCGGUCUGUGCUUUGAAAUUAUAACGAUUGGUCUGUGCUUUGUAAUAGUCAUUAUAACAGAACUUUUGGUCUGUGCUUUGUAAUAGUCAUUAUAACAGAACGUUUGGUCUGUGCUUUGUAAUAGUCAUUAUAACAGAACGUUUGGUCUGUGAUUUGUAAUAGUCAUUAUAACAGAACGUUUGGUCUGUGCUUUGUAAUAGUCAUUAUAACAGAACGUUUGGUCUGUGCUUUGUAAUAGUCAUUAUAACAGAACGUUUGGUCUGUGAUUUGAAAUAGUCAUUAUAA